CUUGGGCUUAAGCUUUUGGGACAAACAAAACCAUUGGUUAGGUUUCAGUUCCAGCCCGUUUUCCCAUUGUCACCUCUAUUCAUGACGUGGAGGUAUAUUAUUGGCCAACCAUCGUAGCGUUGUGUCACUUAAACCGCACUGGAAACAGACUUCGACCCACCUUCUUCUCCUUUCGAGUAUUUUUGCUUUUUCUUUUGAGCAGGGUUCAAGUUAUUGUUUAUGUAAGGCUAGCAUCUAUAAGAAAAAAAAAAAAAAAGAAUAUGAGAUUAUUUAUUAGCCUGGUAGCAGUUUUAUGUUUCUUUUGCCGCAAUGUCUUAGCUGAUCAGAUUUUCCCAUCUCAUGUAGCUGGCACAUUUGGCCGAAGUUCCCGUGAACCAAAGUACAAGAUUGAGUUCCAUACAGAAGACUCGCCCUACCAUCCUGAUGAUGAUCAGGAAUCUGUUGUCAUGCCUAAUAAAGAUGGAAAGAAUUUUUUAUGUUUCUUGCCUAAGGUGGAGAAAGCCAAAAGUGGAAAGCCAUUUACUCAUCAAAACACUAGUAGCAUGAUUAUGGAAACUGAGAAACGGGUUAAACUGCAGACGCCAGAUGAACUACUGGAAGUACUGAAAGAUCGAUGCUUUAUCAGACAAGAGGGUUGGUGGUCCUAUGAAUUUUGCUAUCAAAAGCAGUUACGGCAACUACAUUUGGAAGACGAUAAGGUGGUUCAGGAGUUUGUCUUGGGUGUAUAUGAUGAAGAGGCAACUGCUGCCUUUAACCAGAAUCUCUCUGACGUCUCCACGUUAAAAGAUCCUCGUUCAAAAGAUGCAUCACAAAGGUAUCAUGCUCAUCAAUAUACAAAUGGAACCGUAUGUGAUCUUACUAAUCAGCCCCGAGAAACUGAGGUGAGAUUUGUCUGCUCGGAGCCAAGAGCAAUGAUUAGUUCAAUUACGGAGUUAUCCACCUGCAAGUAUGCACUUACUAUCCAAUGCCCCAUGCUAUGCAAACACCCAUUAUUCCAAGAAGAGAAACCGGUGUGGCACAUCAUUAACUGCAAUGUGAUUCCAAAGGAUUACUAGAAUACCAAGGUUGAUGACCCACAUAUCACUAUGAUCAUGGAAUCAGAAGAUUAAUCUAGUUAUGAUUCAAGAGAAUAAAUGUUGUAAAUUUUCAUACGCUUUUUCGUCGUACAUUUCAGAGAUAAGCCUUGUAGAAGUAAAAAAAUUUCAUUGUCAAAUUAAGGUUUUUUAUAAGAAAUAUAGAGAAAAUGAAAAAUUCACUAAUCCAA